UUGGGAUCGGAUAUCGUUUUUGUCAAAAGAAGAAAAGCCAUGUCUUCGCCAGAGGACUGGAGAGACGGGUUUCCCACAGUCGAGGCUGCACAUCCACCGCGACUGAGGAGGUGCGGGGCGCAGGUGUCGCGUCUGCCCUUCAGCGUGGAGGCGCUCAUGUCGGACAGGAAGCCCUCGGACAGAGACAAGAGACAUGGCGCAUUGAAUGAACAUCAGGAGAUCGGGCCUGAGUUCCGCCAGCACUUAGUAUCUGUCAAAAGCGAGCCCUCGGAGGAAGGGGACGGUGCGUCUUGGAUUUCCAGCUCCAUGAAGAUGUCCCCGCCACCCCGGCAUCUCAGUCCACCGGUGUGCUCCUUGAGGAAGCACAAAACCAACCGCAAGCCUCGCACUCCCUUCACCACCACGCAGCUCCUGGCCCUGGAGAGGAAGUUUCGUCAGAAGCAGUACCUGUCCAUCGCAGAGCGGGCCGAGUUCUCCUCCUCACUAUCGCUGUCUGAGACCCAGGUCAAGAUCUGGUUCCAGAACCGACGAGCGAAGGCCAAGAGGCUUCAGGAGGCCGAGGUGGAGAAACUCAGAAUGGCAGCUGGUGCUGGACACAAGACUGUGCUGCACCCCGGCUUCUCGUCUUUAACCUUCCCUCUCAGUGUUAACAUGCAGGCCGGUUCAGCAGCGCUCUACGGACUGGGCUGCUCAUACAGCUGCAGCCCCGUCCUCCCUGCUGCACAUCUGGCCUUGUACACCUCACAGGUUGGAUACAGACUUUUCCACCUCUCCUGAAGGAGAGCUGCAUUAUUCAAACAAAAUGUUGUGGAUAUUUAUGAAGCUAAAUGAGCAUGCAUCACGCCAUACACCCUAUGAGACUUGUGUGCAAAGGAUCUGAACUGGAGCUGAGGCUUCUUGAUCAAGGACAUUAUAUAAAUGUCCUUACACUUGAUAAGACAGACUAUGGAUGGACGAGGAAACAGCAACCAACAAUCUUUUCUACUUUCUUUAACGUUUGUCAAUACUGAUUCAGCACGGGUCACUGGUAUGAAGGGAAUAUUGAUCAGGCCACAUGUACCAUAUUAUCGUCCUAAACACCAGUGCGAUAUAUUCUAGAGUUUUGAUUAUCUACUUUUUGUAUAUCCUGGAUGAUUAUUUCUCACUUGUCAGCCUUGAACUAAGAUAAACUCCUCUGAGAAAAUGUAGUUUUAGAAUUGACAGUUUAGCCAAGUGAAGUGCAUGCUUGUACAAAAGCCAAAGUAUUGGAAUCCUAUUAGUUUAUGAUAACCCUCAGAUUCAUAUAUUUCGUGUUAAAUAUCAACUUUUUUUUAAAGUUAGUAUUUUUUGUUUGAUAUUAAACCAAAGCUUUUAGAUUACCCUCUAUUUUGGUUCCUUUGCUUGUUUGUGGCAAACAUACAGGACCAAGUAGCUGAUCGCUGUUAAAACCAGCUCUUCUCAAAUACAUUUGUCCUUUAAUAUACAACUUUUAAAUGGGUGUUGCAGCUGUCUUAGUCUGGUCUCCCGUCUUCUUAGGACAUCCAGCUGCUUCAUCUUGUAUCCUGCUCAUCCACCAAGUGGCUGUCUCUGGCGGAUCACACCCCGUUCUCUGUACUGUGUAUUUUUGCACAAAUCCUCAGGGUGGUUAGAAAUUAUAGCACUAAUGUUUCCAGGCAACCUAUAAACUUCUGUGGAGAACAGGCCUAUUUGGGAUGUCUCUGCAGUCCUCAAGUAACGGGUGAAGUGGUUGUUCUUCCUCACUGAGAUGUGAGCACAGCCAGAUUGGGUGACAGUUAAAGUGAACCCACUUUGUAAUUCAGAGGAGAUCUCAUUAUCUUGCUGUCUGCAACAGAUGCUUUUCACAACGGACAUUUUUACUUGGAUCGAUUUGACUAUUAUCACUAAUAACACAGACUCUGUCGCUCUUGUUCCAAGUGUUCCUGGUUCUUUUUCCUACUUUCAUGUUUAGAAUGUAUUUUAUGAAAAAGUCCAAUGCAGCAU